AUGGGAGAUGAAGCGCAUCAAUUGGCUUCAUCAUCAUCAUCAACAAUACAAAUUGUUUCUAUAUUUAAUUUGGAGAAUGCUGCUUUUUCAAAGGAUAAGAUUGGUUGUGGAGGAUGUCGGUCAGUAAAUGAAUUCGAAAAAAUGAAUCGUGUUGGUGAAGGUACAUAUGGCAUUGUAUAUAGAGCCAAGGAUACAAAAACGGGAGAAAUUAUAGCACUAAAAAAAGUAAGGAUGGAUGAGAAAAGUGAAGAGAAUGGAAUUUCAAUAUCGGCAAUCCGUGAAAUUCAUUUGCUGAUGAGUUUGCACCACAAAAAUAUCGUAGAAUUGAAGGAAAUUGUAGUAGGACAGCAGUUAACUUCAAUUUUUCUUGUUAUGGAAUACUGUACUCAGUUACUAAAAGCACUGGUUUAUUUGCAUGAAAAACAUGUAGUUCAUCGAGAUUUAAAGGUGUCUAAUCUUCUUUUAACAGACGAUGGUUGCUUGAAAGUUGCUGAUUUUGGAUUAGCGCGAACAUUUGGAGAACCUUCCAAACAAAUGACGCCACGAGUUGUUACUCUAUGGUACCGUAGUCCGGAAUUAUUAUUUGGUGCAAAAGAACAAAGUACCGGUGUUGAUAUGUGGGCAACAGGAUGCAUUCUUGGAGAAUUACUCAUACAUCGACCUCUUCUACCAGGGAAAACCGAGCUUGAUCAGAUUAACAGAAUAAUCGAUUUGCUUGGUACUCCAACAGAAAAGAUAUGGAAAGGAAUCGAUGAGUUACCUGCUUUGCGUAAUUUUCAUUUACGCUCCCAACCGUACAAUAAAUUGAAAUGUGUGAUGGAACGUGCUAGUGAUAGUUGCUUGCAACUUUUAAAUGGUCUCUUCACCUAUGAUCCAUCUCUUAGAAUUUGUGCAAAAGAUGCGUUACGCUCAAGAUAUUUUAAUGAACCUCCAUAUCCAUGUGAUGCAAGCAUGAUGCCAUCAUUUCCGCAACAUCGAAAUCGAAAGCGUAAAAGAAAAAGCAGUGAUUGCAGCAAUAAUUGA